AUGCCGUUUCGAAAACGUCGAAAAACCUAUCCAGCAAAAACUAAGCUGGUACAAGGCCCAAAGUCUGCUACCAGUUGCCCUGACCAAUCCAGCCCAAGGCCAGCGGCCACCUCAGACUUGACCUGCCAGGCCAGUCAGAGUCUACUGCCACAGCCUGCACCGGCCGCAAGGUCAGCAGCCGCCGUGCCGAAGCGCAAGAGGCAGUUCAGUUCCGAUGAGGGAGCUGAGGUCCAGUCACUAAGGAGGCCCUCUGUUCAGGCAGCAGGUGAUGGUGUCUCUGUAGUGACCUCAUCAGAAUCAAAGAGGAAAUGCGCUGAACCCCGCCAAGCGGCCUUCACUUCCAGCUAUUCAGUUGGAGAGCUGCUGGGUUCCGGAGGAUGUGGAUCUGUCUAUGCAGGAACAAGGAAGUCCGAUGGACAAGAGGUGGCCAUAAAGUACAUACAAAAAAAUAAAGCAACAAACUACAUUACCAUGCAUGGCGAUGGCAGGUGUCUUCCUCUCGAGGUCGCCCUGAUGACCAUGGUCUCCAAGCCUUCGUGCACUAAUGUCCUGAGACUGCUGGACUGGUUUGAAGAGCCCCUCUGCUACAUCCUGGUCUUGGAGCGUCCCAGUCCCUGUUCCGACCUGUUUGAUUUCUGUGAGAUAUUUAAUGGUCGGCUAUCUGAGGUACAAGCCAGGCAGAUAUUUCGGCAGGUUGUUGAAGCCCUCAUUCACUGCCGCAAUUGUGGCGUUUUCCACCGGGAUGUUAAAAGUGAAAAUAUCCUGGUGAACCUCAGUGAUUGGACAGCAAAACUCAUAGACUUUGGCUGUGGGGAUCUGUACAAAUACACCCCCUAUUAUCACUUUGCUGGCACAAGGGAACACUGUCCACCGGAAUAUUUUCGGAAUGGGAGCUAUGAGGCUUCUCCGGCCACCACAUGGUCUCUGGGAGUCCUUCUCUUUGGACUGGUCUGUGGCGACUUGCCAUUCGAAAGCAGAGAAGAAACCAUCCUCAAUCAGCCAAAGUUUACUGUGGCUUUGUCCAAAGAGUGCCAUGACCUCAUCAGUUGGUGCACGAGCACAGACCCCUUUGAGAGACCAGUCCUGGAGGACAUUUUAAAACAUGACUGGCUGUCAGGACAGAACCUGUUUUAA